AUGGGUCAAGCUCAGAGUGACGAGAACUCUUCGUCAUCCGCCGAAAUUCCAACGACAACGAAGACUCCUCCUCCUCCUUCUACGAACUCGCCGCGGGAUUCUGAUCGAGAUGAUACCUCGUCGUCUCCGAUGGAUUCUCUACUUGCAGAAGCUGCAGCAUAUGGUGAGGAUGACAAUGAGAAUGAGUCACUUGAAGCAAAGGCACAAAAAGCACUAGAUUGUCCUUGCAUAGCAGAUUUGCGUAAUGGAUCUUGUGGCUCUCAGUUCUCCGAGGCAUUUCUUUGCUUUCUCAAGAGCACUGCUGAAGAAAAGGGAUCAGACUGUGUGAAUCCGUUUGUGGCAUUGCAAAGCUGUAUCAAAGCCAAUCCAGAUGCGUUCUCUAAAGAGGUUGUAGGGGACGAAGAAAAAACCGAGAAAGAGGAAGAGACUGUGCAAGUGCAAGACCAUAGAAUCAUCCCGCCUCUCUGGGCAAAGGACCCGCCUCGCACUGGUAAAUCCAAGCUUUAG